AUGCCUAGACAACGUUUAGAUCCGCAUGUUUCGACCAGUAAACAUCAGCACCCCUCCGCCAUCGUCAUCUUUAUCCUGAGCAACCACACUCCAAGCGUCAUCCCCGAUGCCCAUGUCGGGUCUGCCUUCAACAUUCUGAACCCGUGCCGGACUGGCUAUAGAAAGGCCUUCAACACGGGAAAGCAGGUCGUCAAAGCUGACUGA